CCGGAGUUUUGGGGGGCAGUGAAGCAUGUCGUCGGAAUCCAGACCUCAAGUAACUCGGUUCAAUCUGGUCCAAGUCAAUGGAACGUGGGUACGAAAAAAGGAAGCGUGCGAGUUUACAGAAGGGACGCUGUCAGAUGCUAAAAUUGAGGAGAGGAAGUCCCAUCAUGGAGUCACCUGGACGGUGGCCAGUCCCCUGGCCUUGACAUACAGGAUAACCCAGAGCCAGAACAUCCUGGACCCCACCAACCACACUUUACUGUGGGGCCACCUGGAGGACGGUGACAGGGGUUCCUCCCAGCCAGUCAAGCGCUUUGUGGUGGUCGACGACACUGUCAAUCGGCUCUACGGCCCCUGGAUCUCGCGGUACUUCCAGUCCAGAAAAGUGAACUACAAAAUCCUGCCCCUCCCGACCACGGAGGAGAACAAAAGUUUGGAGCUGGUGACAAAGAUUCUGGAGGAGCUUCACGCGUUCUCCAUCGACAGACGCAGCGAGCCCAUCAUUGCUAUAGGAGGAGGUGUGUGCCUGGAUGUCGUGGGCCUGGCGGCGGCUCUGUAUCGCCGGAGGACUCCGUAUAUCAGAGUCCCCACCACCCUCCUGGCCUACAUCGACGCCAGCGUUGGAGCUAAAAAUGGGGUCAACUUCUGCGGCAGCAAGAACAAGCUGGGGACUUACAUCCCUCCUGCAGCCACUUUCCUCGACCGCUCGUUUUUCAAGUCCCUCCCAAGACGGCAGAUCUCAAACGGGAUGGCAGAGAUGUUAAAGAUGGCUCUGAUGAAACACCGCGGCCUGUUUGAGAUCCUGGAGGUGGAAGGACAGAGGCUGCUGGACACUAAGUUCCAGUCCUGUGGACAGAAAAACACCCCUGAAGAAGAGGACGCUGCAUGUCAAUCCACACGCAUCGCCAUAGAAACCAUGCUGGAGGAGCUGGCUCCCAACUUGUGGGAGGAUGAUCUGGACCGACUGGUGGACUUCGGCCACCUCAUCAGCCCUGAACUGGAAAUGAAAGUUCUGCCAGCUUUGCUGCACGGCGAGGCCGUCAACAUCGACAUGGCCUUCAUGGUUUAUCUGGCGCAGCAGAGGGCGCUGCUCACGGCUCCAGAGAAGGACCGCAUUGUCAAGUGCAUGCUGGGACUGGAGCUACCUGUGUGGCACCCGGACGUCUCCCUGGAUCUGAUCCGCAAGUCUCUCGCAGAGCGGCUCAAACACUGCGGUGGCUCUCUGCGGAUGCCCCUGCCGACAGGCCUGGGACGCGCAGAAAUCUUCCAGGAAGCCAUCGCUGAUGACACACUUUGCCAAGCCUUCCAGAGAUGGACGGAUGAACUCCAGAGACGCCAGGAUUAGAAUACAACGUUUAAUGUUUUUCACCAACAAUCUGUGUACAGUCACUAUUGCUACAUUCAUCUCAGGUGAGAACCACAGGAAUGAAAACAACCUACACAACAGUGCCUAGUAGACUCGUAACAUCUGCCGCCAUUAAACUCUACUCGUACUUAAAUGACAGAUUAAACACAUACCGCAUUCUGAAACCUUGUUUUUGUUCAGGGGAAGUUCAAUUCUCGGGCACAAAAUCAUCUUACUAGCGCAAUCAUUUGUUCAUUUCAUUUUCCCCACACUUCAUCACCGACAGAAAGGCACAUCAGUUGAGAGCUUUCCCCUGAUAUUUACAAUUGCUUGGCAUUUACGAUUUGGCUUUUCUCAGUGAAUUACAUUCAGGCACAUGGACAGUAGAGAGCACUGGUUUCAUUUACCAUAAAAAAAACCUAAAUAAAUAAAACAAUAUGCAGGAGUGGUGCUAUUAAUAAAUAAAAAUUAUUCAGUUCUUAUAGCUUUCGAAUCAUUUGUUCUAAUCCAGGAAGCAGAAUUAGUGUUAGCUACAGCAGCAGGCGAACAGAGCGGACAGUAAGGCACUGACAACGUUAAAUAAAUGAGACACCGCGAUUUCUCUGCAGGCACAACUGUCGCGCUGACGGUGCAUUACACACUUGCAGCAGUAUUAUAACUAAAGGCAAAAGUGAAAAAGUUCUCGCUCAGGUUAUUUCCAAUUUAAAUACUGAGAGUGUCGCACCACAAAAGUACUUUCCACGACUAAUACAACAGUACAAAAGCCAUGUUUUCGUCCUCAUUUGAACCCUGUCUCCUUAUACUCCUUCAUAACAAAACAAGUGGGAUCAAAACCCACCACUUGAAAUUAAACACGUUUCAGGUAACA